AUGGGGUAUGGGGGCAAUCCGGAUACUGGUAUUGGGUAUGGCUGUGAUCAGGAUGCUGACAUAGAGUAUGGCGGUGAUCAAAACGCUGAUAUGGGGUAUGGUAAUGAUCAGAACGCUGGUAUGGAGUAUGGUGGUGUUUAGGGUGAUGGUUUGGGGUAUGGCGGUGAUCAGGAUACUGGUAUGGGGCAUGGCGGUGAUCAGGAUGCUGGUAUGGGGUAAGGCAGUGAUCAGGAUGCUGGUAUGGGGUAUGGCGGUGAUCAGGACACUGGUAUGGGGUAUGGGGGUGAUCAGGGUGCUGGUAAGGUGUAUGGUGGUGAUCAGGACUCUUGUAAGGGUAUGGUGGUGAUCAAG